AGAUAUGAACAUCACAUGUGCAUUUGUAUCGGUUCUAAUUUUUCUAACCAAUUUCUUAGCAACCCGGCUGCGUAUCGACUAACCGAUGACAUAGAACCUAGUUUCAAUAUGCGCCUCAUUGAAGCAGUCAAGCACAGUCGUUGCCUCUAUGAUUCUACGGAUCGGCAAUACCGAAGUACGGAGUACAAAAUAAAGGUAUGGAAUCGGCUUGUACAAGUUCUCGGCUUUGAUGGAGACUCAAGGACCCUGUAUGCUAGGUGGAAGCAGCUGCGAGAUAAGUAUGGAAAAGAAAAGCGAAAAGUCAAAUACCAAGGUGAUCAGUCCACCUGGCAGUAUUACAAACAUCUUUCGUUCUUGGAUCCUCACAUGAUAGAUCGACAGUCGGUGGAAUCUCCUGCUAGAAAAGAGCAUCCCGAUGUGCAAGUAACUGUAACAGAUCCGUCCUUCGGCACUAAUUUGAUUGAAGAAGUCCGUUCUCAUCCGUGUCUCUUCGACAUCCGUGAUCCUAAGUACAGGCAUUCUGAAUGUCGCAAUCAAGCUUGGCACAAUGUUAUUGCGCAUCUGAAUUAUCCAGGUGUGUUUAUGUGA